AGGAUUUCCGCUUUCGCUCCUUUCCGGCGGUGACGAGCUCCCCACGCGAACAUGCCUCUCGCCAAGGAUCUCCUGCAUCCCUCUCCAGAGGAGGAGAAGAGGAAACACAAGAAGAAACGCCUGGUGCAGAGCCCCAAUUCCUACUUCAUGGACGUCAAGUGCCCAGGAUGCUACAAAAUCACCACGGUUUUUAGCCACGCACAGACGGUCGUUUUGUGUGUCGGCUGCUCCACUGUCCUCUGCCAGCCCACGGGAGGCAAAGCGAGGCUUACAGAAGGAUGUUCCUUCCGAAGGAAGCAGCACUAAGGGCACCCUGAAUCAAGAUGAAUGGGAGACCUUCCCAAUAAACACAUUUUGGAUACA